AUAAAAACACGGUCGGCCCCGGGAUUUUUUUUUAAACUUCACUUUCCGUAUUUUAAUCGCGUGUACACCGCGUGCCCGUGCGCGCGUUCGCCGACAAUGCGCAUGCCGUCGUCGUCGAGCUUUUGCGCGGCGUCGCGAGGGGUGUCUUUCGCAAAUUUUUUUUCUCCUCUCUUCUGUUGUCUUGUUUCCCGGCGAGCAAUGUCGGGACGGGGACUGUGCUCCGCUGCGAGGCCCCGCUUCUUCUCGCCCCUCACAUCGGACACGGCGCCGCCGUUAGCCGGCGCGGCGUUGUUUGGGCGCCGCCGUUAGAUAACUGCGGCGCCGUGUUAACACCCACGAGUUGGAACGGCCGUUAGCUUUCAGCCGGGACCAGAUUUAGAUAGCAUCGCGAGCUAGCUGCGGUCCUCGCUGCAUCGCGGAGUUCACUGCACACGGGUCGGCGUUAGCAUGCCCUCGGCUAACUCCGGUCCGUGCUAGCGAGGACAAAGGGGGACCCUCGUACCAACCUCGCGGAAGUCGGUCGGGUUUGUCCAACGUGGCGCAGCGGGAAUCCCAUUUGUUUUUGUUUUUCUUCUUGCGAAAUGUAGACAUUCACCGCCAAGCUGCGCCAUGUAGUCCCAUGUUCGGGUUCAAGAAAAACGAAGUAGGCUAACCUAGCGGCUGCGGGCUAACGUUAGCAUCGGCUCCAAACAGCGGUUGCUUCACCGCCGACACGAACUGCGGUUAAUUGUCAGUCGGCCAGCUGCACUCGGGCGCGCGUAGGUGUGCGUGAACACGCAGCGACGUGAAACUAGACUACGACAUGUCUGUUAUGUACGUCCAACUAAAUGUGGCGGACAAUGGAGACGUUCACGGGUACUGAUCGAUUGUUUUUGUUAUUGUUUGUGUCCAAGACUGUGGCUGUACGCGCUCUUGCCGUAGCAUGUCAACAUUCGACCGAACAAGCAUCAACUGUGCCGCGGUGGCAGCGGGAGUUCUCCCUUAGGAUCACCACAAAAACAAUAAUAUGUGACCGAAAUUGCCUUUAAAGCCACUUGAUCCCUUUGCAUUAGUUAGCUUUGUUCCGCCCGGCAGCCAAUGGCAGCAGCGCGAUGGCCCGCGUCAUUCCGACACUGUAAGCUGGGUCGCUAUUGUUCUCAGACAUAAGACAAAUGGGUCACUGAGGGUAUCUAUGGUUAUUAUUAAGAUUUUUCUAUUUUGUACAUACAGAGUUUUGUAUAUACUGUAUAUGAUGAGCUUGCUGGGCGGCGACAAGGCCCGGGGCCCCCGGGAAAAGGUGCUGCCCGCUGCCACUCACACGUCACAACCACAGAAACAGAUACAGGCUACUGCAGAACAGAUCCGGCUUGCCCAGAUGAUUUAUGACAAGAACGAUGCUGACUUUGAGGACAAAGUUAACCAGCUGAUGGAGGUGACUGGGAAGAACCAGGAUGAGUGCAUGGUAGCGCUCCAUGACUGCAACGAGGAUGUUAGCAGAGCCAUCAACUUCCUCCUGGAGAGUACCUCGGACAUGACCUCAUGGGAGACGGUGGGGAAAAAGAAGCCGCUGGUGAAGGAGGGUCCGUCAGAAAGCAAGGAGAACAAGGAGAAUAGGGAGAAGAAAGGAGAGAGGGAGGCUAGCAAAGGCCGCGUGGCUGCCAACCGCAAGGGCAAGGGGCCCAGUCGCAGCCGACAGGCACGUCCAGAGGAGAAUGGCGUGGAGGUGACACCAGUGGACAGAGGCUCUGAUCGAGGUCGAAGGGUCAGAGGUGGCCGAGGAUCUGGAGGCAGAGGUAGAGCACCAGCAGGGAACCGGUUCUCAGCCCAGGGCAUGGGGACUUUCAAUCCUGCGGACUAUACCUCAGAGGCUGGUACACGGACCACACAAAGUGAGGUGUGGGACACCGUGGCCACCAACAGUACAGACGGAACAGUUACCUGGAGGAAAACUUUGGAUGUUUGGACAGCUGAGGACUGGAGUGAGGAUGUUAGUCUCUCUGAGACCAAAGUGUUCACCUCCUCAUGUGCACCUGCUGCUGAGAACCACAUUGCACCUGGACAAAGUCUGGACAUCGCUUCUCUGCUGCCGAAGCCAGUGGUUGGAGGAAGAGAACCACCCUCCUCCUCCUCCUCUCAGAGUCUGGUCUUCACCAACUCCCACCACCACCAGCCACCCCCGAGCCGCAACGCCACCAGUAGCACAAGCUACGCACAUGCUGCUCUGUCGUCAGUUCUGGGAGCUGGUUUUGGGGAAUUGGGUCAGGCCAAGAGAACUCCACCCAGCACUGGAGCUCAGAUACUGGAACAGCUGAAGGGCCCUGGCCUGGGUCCUCUUCCCUCAUCCCAGGCCGUGCCUCCAGCCAGCACCCAGGGCAGCAGCACCCCCAUUGGCCGACUACCCGGCCUUGGAGCACCUGUACCUCCACCCUCCUCCUCUAGCUGGGACAUGAAGGCUUCAGAAUCAAACACCACUUCGCUGUCCUCACAGUUCAGCCGUGAGUUUGGCCUACAGCCAGAACCCUCCCUUGUGCUGAGCCAGCUGGUCCAGAGGCACAAUGGCCCAUCCUUGCCUCUGGCACGUCAGUCCAGUCCGCCGACGCAACAGCAAGCGCCCCCUGCUUCAGCCUCGCCCGCCCCCCAUCAAACCAGCAUGUCAGCACAGGCAGGCCCGGUGAUGAAUGUUGCUGGUGUUAAACCUCCUGCCCCCAAUUCCGGGCUGGACCCUCAGGGCGGCAGUACACCACAGCAGCAACGGGCACAGCUCAAAGGCCAGAAACGAAGGAUACCUCCCACAUCGAAGAUCCCCUCCACAGCAGUCGAGAUGCCAGGCUCAGCUGACGUACCUGGUCUAAACCUCCAGUUCGGAGCCCUAGACUUUGGCUCAGAGUCGGCAUUGCCGGACUUUGGAGUUGUGGACAAUUGCGUGAGUGCAGCGUCCAGGGAGUCCACUCCGGCCCCAGCGCCACCUGCACCGGGACCAGGGACACAGAGCCAGACGAGCCUGUACUCCAAACCGCUCAGCGAGAGCCUGGGCAGUCCUCUCUCUGUUGCCCUGCCUCUGCCCCUCUCCUCAUCAGAGCCACUAUAUCACUCCUCCUCGGUGGCGUUGUCCAGCCUCACCCCCUCCUCACUAGGAGCUGCCAUUUCCACCAAUCCCCCCUCCUGCUCUUCGAUCGCCUCCACCACCUCCUCCGCUGUACCCCCUUCCUCCCCCUUUGCCACAGUGGGAGGAAGCUACGACGGGACCAUGCCCCCUCACACACGACUGGCUUUCUCCCAGAGCAAAGAGGCCACGGGGCCAGUCAUGAACGGUGUAAGGACCUCCGCUGCUCUAGACAAUCUUCGUCCCGUCUACUCAGCUACAUCUGCGUCCGCCACACCAAAGCCAGAGUCCCCGUCUCUGAAUAUCAGCACAAACGGCGCCCUAGCCCCCUCCUCCCACUUGGCCUCCACCCUCCCUCCACACAGCUCCAGUCUCUCCAACCUGGCACAGGACCUGCCCUCAGCCGGCCAUCUCAACUCACUCAAUAGCCAUGUCAACAGUCACUGCUCCGCUUCAGCUCUGGGCUCCAGCUCUGUCACUUACACCAGUGUCGACAGCGGCGCAAGCUCCCUGGCUCCCUCUUCUGGCUCCUACACGUUAUCGCAGCCCUCGGCGCUCCACUCGACCCACAACAGCAGCAACAGUAGCAGCAGCAUCAGCAUCGGCCACCUGGCCAACAUGCCCAACAUGGUCAGCAACAUGAGCAGCACGGUUGCCGGCCUCGUCGGCGGACUUCACUCUGCUGCCUCCAGCACAGCGCUGGGACUUGGCUCCAAUGGAGCUAUUGCUACGUCCAACCUCUCUGCACCAAGGACCACACCCCUGCUCUCCUCAUCCGCUGGUAAAGCUCCUCCCAACCUGUCCCAGGGAGUGCCCCCUCUACUGCCCAACCAGUAUAUCAUGGGCCCAGGGGGGCUGCUGCCAGCAUACCCACAGAUCUAUGGCUACGAGGACCUCCACAUGCUCCAGUCCAGACUGCCAAUGCCUUCUUUGCAGGAUUACUACGGAAUCACAUUCCCCGGCCCCACAGCGACUCUCUCUGGCAGAGACGGGGGCCUGGCCAACAACCCCUACUCAGGUGAAGUCACAAAGUUCGGCAGGAACGACUCCACCUCCCCGGCACCCCCCACCAGCCUGGCUGCCCCGCAGCCUCCACAAGGCCAGAGCCAGGCCCAGCCUCAGCCUCCUCAGGCCCAGCCGCAGCCCCAGGGCCAGCCGCAACACCACAGCAGUCAGCAGGCCUUUCUGCCUCCAGGCUACAGCUACACGGGCCUGCCUUACUACCCCGGAGUGCCCGGCGCCGUACCCAGUGCUGCCGCCUUCCAGUAUGGCCCCACCAUGUUUGUUCCCCCCGGGGGCCCAGGACCAGCCUCGGCCAAGCAGCACAGCAUGGGCCUCGGCCUGGGAAACCCAACGGCGAGCCCUUUCCAGCAGCAGCCGCAGCAAAGUGGUUAUAGCCAGCACUCUUUCAGCUCAGGGUAUGAGGAGCUGACAGCGGGGCCAGCUGGAGUGGACUACAGUAAAGCUUACAACUCCUCCUCACAGGCACAAGCCAAAUCGGCUGCCACUGGGCCCGGGAAAGGCGUCUCAGUGACCUCCAGUAACUCGGGGGUGCCAGACAUCAGUGGAAGUGUUUACAAUAAGACCCAGUCUUUUGAUAAGCAAGGUUUCCAUGCGGGGACCCCUCCUCCCUUCAGCCUGCCAUCAGCGCUGGGGGGUCCCGGCCCUCUGAACCCUGGAGCAGCUCCUGGAGGCUAUGCACCGGCCCCAUUCCUCCACAUCCUGCCUCACCAGCAACCCCACUCACAGCUGCUGCACCAUCACCUAGCUCAGGAUGGACAGGGUGGUCCCGGCCAGCGGGGCCAGUCCAACAGCCUGCAGCAGAAGAGCCAAGUCAACAAGCCGAACUAUGGCAGCUCCCCCUACUGGGCCAACUGAGACAGAGGAGACCCGCGAUGUGUGUUUCUGUGUGAACGUGCAUGGACGGACGAUGGCUGGACGGACGGACACACACACAUAUCUGACUGACGAGAUCAUAGAGGGACAAACCAUUUUACAACACAAGCUAAAACACACACACUACCACCCCCCUCCCCUUUGCUCUGUAUAUCCCCUUUUCAAAUUUAUGGCUGUUGUAUGUAAAAUAUAUUUAUGUAUGUAUUUAUACAGUAUAUAUGUAUUGGUAGGACAUAAAAUGUGGUUUUCUGAAUUUUGUUUUUAUUUUGAAGGACAUUUUAUUUCAACAAAAAAAAUGUGGUAAAGAGGAGAAUGCAAAAUCAUAAAGAUGAAGUUGGUGAAUAUACUUGAACACAAGCAUCUUGUGAUGUGGAUUUCUUUUGUAUGCAUACAUGAACUGAGAAUGAUGUACAUAGAUUUUACGCAUCAUUUUCAUGGCAAAGGCCUUUUUUUAUUUUAGAAGAAAUACGUUUUUGUAAGUUUUGGUCUCCCGCAUCUGUGAAUCCUUACUGAGGGUGACUUCAGUUGAUAGCUUGACUUUUCUUUUUGCCCCAUUUCCCUCCAUCUGUCUCAUUUCUCAACUCUUACUAGUUGGCUGGUUUGACCAGCCAGGCCUUGGAUUUGAUGUCAUUUUAACAUUGGUUUAAUCCUUGUUGUCCAAAUUAAAAGUUCUGAACAGUU